GCCUUCCCAGGCACGCAUAAUCGUGCCUUCCUAUCUUCGAGCCAGUGUCGCAGACAUGUCCAGUACGCACGAAUAGAGUCGCCAACAUGGAGCAUACUUUAGGCUCGGCUUCAAACUCGCCUGUUUCCAUCAUGGGCAGGGAAUCAAACAUCGCCGGUGGUACAGGCAGUCGUUUCGCCCGCGCCGUCACCAUUGUUGCUGGUGUCGCUGCCUUGGUCGCUACUAUCUUGACCUUUCUCUCAACAUGGCUCCAAAGCAAAAACUAUCGCAAGCCGCUUCUACAGCGCUAUGUUAUUCGCAUCUUGAUCAUGGUGCCUAUCUACUCGGCCUCAUCAUGGGCGAGUCUCGUCUCCCUCAAGGCAGCCUUCUGGAUUGGCCCGUUCCGUGAUGUCUACGAAGCCUUUACCCUCUACGCCUUCUUCCAACUCCUGAUCAACUUCCUCGGCGGCGAACGAUCCCUCAUCAUCAUGAUGCACGGCCGAGCACCAGUCUCUCAUCUCUGGCCCAUGAACCAUUGUCUACCCAAAGUCGACAUCUCCGAUCCUCACACCUUCCUCACAGUCAAGCGUGGCAUCUUGCAAUAUGCGUGGAUAAAGCCCAUACUUGCCAUAUCUACCAUCAUCAUGAAGGCUACCAACACGUACCAAGAAGGAUACAUUGGUGUCACAUCUGGCUACUUGUGGAGUGGUAUCAUAUACAACGUCAGCAUCACACUUAGUCUGUAUGCUCUUGCUCUAUUCUGGGUCUGCAUGUCCCAAGACUUGAAGCCUUUCCGCCCCAUGCCAAAGUUCUUGUGCAUCAAGGGCAUCAUCUUCGCAUCUUACUGGCAAGGUUUCUUCCUGUCCAUUCUUGUCUGGCUAGGUGCCAUCCCCGACGUCAGCGCACGAUACUCGGCAGAUAACGUGGCCGCUGCGAUCCAGGAUGCCGCCAUCUGUUUCGAAAUGCCAAUCUUCGCCAUAGCGCAUUGGUAUGCCUUUUCCUGGCACGAUUAUGCCGAUCAAACCAUCUCGGAUGCUCGUAUGCCUGUCAAAUUUGCCUUGAGAGAUGCCUUUGGACCACGCGAUUUGAUCGAAGACGCAAAGGAGACCUUCUACGGCACCAAAUACGAGUACCGAUACUUUGAUGCCGAAGAUAAUGUCAUCGCACACGAGCAGUCGGCAUCACGUGCUGCCAGGAUGAGAGAGGGUAUGCGUUAUGGAAGAGGAGGAAAGGGAAAGUACUGGCUACCCGAAAGAGGUCAUGCAGAUGCAAAAACCCCUCUUCUAGGCGGGAACAGUCGCGCUCGCACGAUGAGUCCAGGAGGUGGCAAGUCACCUUCACCGCAUGGAUCAUUCAGAUAUGGUGCGCAAUCACCUCCAGAAGAGCCAGAGCUGGAUGCCGAAGAGGAGCGCCUCUACAGCAGUGCGAGAGCGUUGGAGUUCGGUGAUUGGAAUUACCCUGUUAUCAACACACAUUACGCCAACAGUGAUGACAGACUCCGCGCUGAGCCAGAAAUCAUUACAGCUUCGACCAAUCGCCAGCUUCUGCAACCAGGCAGCAAGAACUACCGCGAGAGACGGAAGAGCAAGAUUCAUGAUAUCCAGGAAAAUGCUCACCAAGGUAACCACCGCAACAGUCGCAGCAGCCGCGGUAGCGCAAGCACCAGCAAGUCAAAGGCGAAGUCGUCGAUACCGGUUAUUGGCAGCCUCCUUCGACACGAAUCAUCCGAGUCGGCAGUGACUGUCAACUCACACAAUAGCCAGCUGGUGGAUCUCGUGGUAGAAGACCACCAAGCAGAAGAGAUCGAGCGCGUGAGAGCACGCAAAGAGGGUGGACCGGGAUGGAACGAGGUCGAGCAGAAGCAUUUUGUCAAAACCUACCCAGACGGCGAUGAAACCGAGGAAGUGCGCGAAGGCUACACGCCCGACCGAGUGGACCACGUGGACUCUGAAGAAACCCACAAUCUGAACGAGCCCUUCACCGUCGGCGACGACGAUGAUGAAGAUGAGGAAUCCCAAGAUGAGCUCGGUCAGGGUAAGCCUUGGGAUUCGCGCGAUUACGGAAGCAAUGUCACGUCUCCGCAGCCCGAGUACGGUAGCUUUAACGACGAGAGAAAUGCAUGGGGAGGACGAUAGUGUACGAUGUCAAGCAUAUUUUCAAUACCAUAGCCUUUAAGCAAUCACGCUGCUCAUGGAACUACCCCGUAGUAACAUUAAUAUCUCCACGGUCAGCAUAAAGAGCCAUUGCGGAGGGGUCAUACUCAAGUCGGAAUGAUCUACUGCCUUGACUCA